AUGUCCGUUUACAAGAUCUUUCUGGGUCUUCUCCCUCUGAUUGCCACUGGGGUGCAAGGGGCUGCUCUUAGUCUCCCCUCUGGUGGGCUUCAGGACUUGUCUGUUCUGCCCGAGGGCUUCAAGAUGGCCGAAACGCAAUGGGAGGUCGAUAUCCGGCCUGGCAAAAAGAUCACGCUCAACGGCACCAUCGAGUCCGUUUAUGCGCAGCUCCUGGAGCUCAACCCCAGCUAUGAGAUCGACAACGCAGAGCAGAUCGCUGCCCGCCUUGCCCAGCUCAAAGAGGAGACGACGGCUCUCCAGAAGAGCCAACUCGCCCGCCGUGACCACACUGAAUGUGACCAUGCUGGCUUCAAGGGCUCCGUCCCAGCUAGUGCAGUUUGA